AUUACCUACCCAAUUCAAUAAUCAAUAUUGGCGACACAAUCUUGGAAGCUUUGGGUGUUUCUCCACUCAGUUAUUCAUGUUUAUUUGUAGUCAGGUUAAUACAAUUGUGGGGUAAGGAAAGAGGAUUACAUAUUGCAUGGAAAUAAAGAGUCUAACUCAUCAUGGAGAGAAUUAAAACAAGGUUGCGACAUCUUGUCAAGCCAAGACCAAAUACAGACGCGAUGGCAGAAAUACUCGACCUCAUAGCUCCACCUCUGUAUGUUUACACCAUAUCUUAUGUGGUCUACUUUGGGUAUGCAUACCUCAUUGACUAUCACUAUGGCAACUCAAAACCCGAGGACACAACAGCUCCAUUACCUAGGAUAUGGUACUUCCAGAAAUGUUUUUCCCUCUUAAUAUACAUUCAAAUGAUGGCAAACUGGAUUGGAAUACGAUUUGUAAACACUUCAACCAAUCAAAACUUUACAGAAGGCGUCAGAGACAGGAUGAAAUGGAAUAUUGAUCCCAUUUUGGAAAGCAACGGGUUCCAAAAAGAUAAACUAAAGGCAGAAACUAGCGAAAAUGGUACUGUAAAUAGAAAAAAAUCGAAUACAAAACUUUCAGAGGAGGCUAUUGAAACAAGUAAGCCAAUCAUCAAGAAGCAAACAUAUUGGUCCUGGAAGCCUUGUUUCUAUUGUCGCCUCAACGCACCCCCACGAUGCCAUCAUUGCUCGUUCUGUGAGACAUGCAUACUGAAACGAGACCACCAUUGCUUCUUUGCAGGCCGCUGUAUCGGAUUCCACAACCAGCGCCAUUUUGUUGUGUUUCUCAUGUGGGCUUCGUUCGGGACCACUUACGCUAUGAUACAUUUUGUACCGUACCUUUACAAUAUUGUGCUGUUAGAAAUCACAGGUUGGGACUGUUUUCUCCCUGUGGCAAUGUAUAAAUUGGUUACUGGACAGUUAAGUCUGUACUAUGCAAACCUAGUAAUAAGCUUCACUCUUAAUCUGUUUUUUAUAUUCUUAAGCACUGCAUUUUUAUUAGAGCAAUUUCAGCUGAUAUCUGAAGGGAUUACCCAGUUUGAACAAACCAAGGUCGACAAAAGAAAGCUCCAUAUAUUGGAUCCGCGACCUUUUGGUCCCAAGGUCAAGGCUGUUCUAGGAUCUCAACCGCUAUUUACUAUUGUGUUCCCAUUGGCACAUUGGUUUUACCUGCCUUGUGAUGACCCUUUUAUGUGGCCUUACCAUAAAAUAACCCAUACCAAAAUUAAAACGAAAUAAUCAUUGCUGUUCAAUGAAUCAAACCUAAAAGGGCAAUUUGUAAGAUAGUACAGUACUACAGGUUAUUACACAAUUCUUUAAGUUAUUGAAACAACAUUAUAUGUUAAAUAUUAGAGAUUAUACAGGCAAUAACAUAAUGACAUGUUUGUUUGUUGGCUAAAAUACUGUACACAUAUAAAAACAAUUUUGAUUUGAGAACAUAGUUUUAUUUCCAAAACAGUAAACCCAAAUGUUGUUUAUGUUUACAGUUGAUGUUUUGAUUGUUGUAUUAUUUUACUUAGUAAACAGCUGCACAUCAUGAGAAAUUUAUGAGAUGUGCUCUGGAAAAAAGUUUUACUGCAUGUGCGUUAAGUGAAGGCCAGAUUAGCCUGUGCAGCCUUCAAAGGCUUAUCAGGCACAACACUUUCAGCUUUUAUCAGGGACAACACUUUCAGCUUUUAUCAGGGACAACACUUUCAGCUUUUAUCAGGGACAACACUUUCAGCUUUUAUCAGGGACAAUACUUUCAGCUUUUAUAUACUUUUUUGUUUGAAGAAAGGCUCUCCUAAAAGAAAACCAGAUCCAGACAGGAAGCAUCUUCCCACAUUAGUCUGUGUAUAUUGCACAGGCUAUUAUGAAACAUCACUUUACUCACAUGCAUUAAACCCCAUUUUCCCAGGCUCAUAUUCUUUUCGAAUGAACUUGUGGUGAAACAAUGACAAAAUAUUGACACAUUCAUUAUUUACUAGUUUGUAGUUUGAAUGCUUCAGUAGUAUUUAUAAUGAGUUUGUAGUAACCCCUGACAAGGCUUUGAUUUUGCCAAAUAAAAUAUUCUACCAAUUA